CUGUAUCUAUGACCGAAGAAUCUACAAUGUGGAGUGCCUAUUUUGAUGAAACACUUGCAAAAGAUUAUAGUUUCCUAGGCUUUUAUGAGCAUAGGAAGAGACAACCAGACUUUACUUCCUCUUUUCGAAAGGAGGAGGCUGAACAAGAUUUUAGUGACCAUUCUGCGCGCUGGCCACCUACUAUCUUGUCCUAUUUGUACUGCACGUUGAGGUUGAAUGACCUCUCCUGCGGGAGGGAACCCGCACAACUAAGGGUGGGGCAUCGUAAAUAUUUCAGAGACGUUGACAUGCUCUGGAAUCAAAUCGAGAGACGCCAUGCUGAGGCUUCUGGCUCAGUUAUACAAGAUACUACUGAAGUCUUCAAGAAUUCCAUUGCAAGUGUCAAUUCCUCCAUCAAGAACGUUAAUGAAACAAUGAUCAAAUACAAUGAAGAACUUAAGGGUGAUAGAAAAAGGCGAAAUUCUGAAGAUUAUGAGGAGAACCGAAUUUCAAAAAAGCGUCAGGAUAAAUAUAUAAUACCGCCGCCACGACCCAACUCGAAACCAGAUAGUGACACUGAAGAUCAUGAAGUAGUUUCAGAUCAUGAAGUGCAAGUAUCUGAAAAAGAGAUUUCGGCAGGGAGGACUUUGACUGAUCCUGUUGUAAGUUGGACUUUAUCAACCGGAAAAAACGUUGGUGAGAUAUUAUCUGCAUAUCGGGAGAAAAUUCCUCGUACCAAGGCAUAUCUAUACCCGGCCUAUUUCGGUAUUUUAGAUCUUUCUGGAGAAGAUGUUGAAGUAAAGGAUUUGUUCACGGACGAUGAAUGGAAUGAAAUGAUCAAGGAUUUCGUGAAUAACGUUAAUUUAAGCGAUUUGGACGUCAAACAGGAGGAGCCUAUCUAUGAAAUAAUGGACAAGAUAACAGAGAAAUUGAAGAAGGAACCAUCCGAUUUAAUAACUGAAAUUGAAAGUUGUGUGAUUGAAGAUAAUACGAAAGUAAAUGCAAUUCGGCGCCUGAUUCAGACAUACGCCUACAAUCUACAACGCUUACGUUUGCCGAUGUCCGAAACUGCAUUUGGUAGCAGUUUCACAAGUAUGAUGACCAAAGGGGUACUUACCUUCGAUAAUAUUUAUCACUACGAAGAAGGAGAGAUUCAAUCUCUCGCCUCAUCAGUAAUUUCCAACAUGAAAACUAAACCUACCGAUAGAAGCUUGAUCGGACAGAAGGUAGAUUUUCGAAUAAGUCAAGACCAGUUCGAAAUGUUGAUAGGGCUAAGAUCUGGUGGUCUUCCCUCGGCGACGAAAAGCAAAAAAUGGAUUGAUAAAGUGGAUCUAUCAGUCGCUCUACGGGAUGUGUUGAUAAACGAAGGGAUAGAAAAUAAUGGCGUAAAACCGGACAAGUUUCACAAUCUCUUCACUCUCGGCGUUCAUACAUUUAAUUAUAAUUAUAACGUAUACGGAUUAGAUUGGAAAACAAGAGGCGUUUGGCGUUUAGGUCUACUUCAGAAGGUCAAGUUACCUUCAUCAAUUGAUAAUUUGCUAGUUAUAGAGAAACUGAUCAUAUCUUUGCUGCGUGUUGAGGAAACUUUGCAUCGUAUACGGAAAAUUCGUCACGAAAUAUUAAUCGAUAAAGCAAGAUUAUAUCGAACCCGACGAUCAUCAUCAUGUCCAAUGAGUUAUUCCAUUUGUGAACACGGUCGCAUAACUCGUACAAGAAGGGCAAAAGAGUAA